AUGUCUUCACUGUUACUGCCACUUGUAUUAGGAGUCUUUACUGCUAUCAUCACCAUUCAACAACAGAGCGCAGCUAGGGAACAACGUAAUCAAGACCGAAAUGCAAGCGAAAAACAACGUCUUGAAGAUCAAAUGGCAGCCAAGCAAUUACGUGAGCUGGAGGGCACCUUGAGUGAUAAUCGUUAUAAAGACGACGCUUUUGACGCCUAUAUCAAGGAGAUCGGCACAAUGAUGCAGAAUAACCAUGGAAUGCUCACUUCGAAUCUAGUCACGGCAACAAUUACUCGAGCCAAGACUUUGACUAUCUUCCGUCGACUAGAUGCAAGCCGUAACAUUCAGAUUAUUCAAUUUCUUUACGAAGCCGGGCAACUUGGCGAAAAGAACAACCAGUCUGCACUGGACAUCUCAACAGCGGAACUUCGUGAGGUCGAUUUCCGCUAUUUAGCAAUCAAUAAAAAGAAAUUAAAUGACCUGUCGUUAGCUGUUAUCCCAAACAUUCCACUAAAUGCCAAAUGGACACAGGAUGGCGCCACUGUAGCUGGCAGCAGUGGACAGGAUAGAGGAGUAGAUCAGCUCAAUAAACCGUACGGCCUUUAUGUAGAUGAUGAUCAAACUGUCUUCAUCGCUGACACAUGGAAUCAUCGUAUUGUGGAAUGGAAGUCGGGUGCAACAAGUGGUCAAGUGGUGGCUGGUGGCAAUGGACCAGGAAAUCAACCUAAUCAGUUGAACCGUCCAGUAGAUGUAAUUGUUGACAAAGAGACAGACAGUCUCAUCAUUUGUAGCCGAGGGAACCAACGACUGGUAAGAUGGUCUCGUCGAAGUCGAAAAACUGGAGAAACCAUCAUUGAGAAUAUCGACUGUUUGGGUUUAACAAUGGACGAUCAGGGAUCCCUCUACGUCUCAAAUUGGGAGAAGCAUGAAGUGAGACGAUAUCGAAUGGGAGAGACGAAUGGAACAGUGGUGGCGGGUGACAACAAAGCAGGUGAUCGUUUCAAUCAACUCAUCAAUCCCACCUACGUCUUUGUGGAUCGAGAUCAUUCUGUCUACGUCUCCGAUUACUAUAAUCAUCGUGUGAUGAAGUGGAUCGCGGAUGCAAAAGAAGGGAUUGUCGUCGCUGGUGGUCGAGGUCAAGGGAGUUCGCUAACCCAAUUGUCGCAUCCUCGAGGAGUGUUCGUGGAUCCAUUGGGUAGAGUCUAUGUAGCAGAUUCGUGGAAUCAUCGAGUGAUGCGUUGGUGCAGUGGGGCAACACAGGGAACUUUGAUUGCUGGUGGAAAUGAUCGUGGAAAACAAGCAAACCAGUUGGUCUAUCCCAUUGGUUUGUCCUUCGAUCGAUAUGGUAGUUUGUAUGUUGCGGACUGCGACAAUAAUCGAGUUCAACGAUUCUCAAUUGAACUCUAA